AUGCCCAUGGCUCUCGAGUCAUGGCUCAGCGAGGUCCGCUCAGCCAUGUCCUCUGCCAGGUCGUCCUCUGGAGGUUCGGAGGCGCCACCGGCCGGGCCCAGGACGAAGCAGAGCACCGUCGGCAUCCUCGCCUUCGAGGUCGCCAGCCUCAUGUCCAAGCUCCUCCACCUGUGUCGGGCCGUCGGUGACGCCGCCGUCGCACGCCUCCGCCACGAGACCAUCCACCUCCACGGCGUCCGCAAGGUAGUCUCCGACGACGACCACUUCCUGCUCGGCCUCGCCCGCGCCGAGCUCGUGGACACGCUCAGGGCCGCCGCCGACUCCGUGGCCGCGCUCGCCGAUGAGCGGGACGAGCUGUACGGGAUGCUGACGGCGAGCGUGCGCGCGCAGCUCCGGGCGCGUCUGCGCGGCGUGGUGCCCGCGGCGGACCCGGGUCUGGCGGGGCAGUGGCGCGCGGCGCUGGCUGGGAUCCUGGAGUGGCUGGCGCCGAUGGCGCACGCGACGUUGCGGUGGCAGGCGGAGCGCAGCCCGGAGCAGAGGGGCCCGGCGGCGGCACGGGGUGGGAGCGGCACCGGCAGCGUGCUGCUGCUGCAGACUCUGCAGUUCGCGGAGCGCGACAGGGUGGACGCGGCGGCGGUGGAGCUCCUGGUGGGGCUCAACUACGUGUGGCGGUUCGAGAAGGAGAUGAUGAGCUGCCGCACUCUGUUCGCCGUCCACCACCGGUAG